CGUUCGUGAAAUGUCCAUCAACAAACUGAAAGAAGAGGCGAUUUUGGAAUGGGUCAACAGCAUGAAGUUGGAUCUGCCAGUUUUUAGGAUCAUCGAUUUACAAGACGGACUUUUACUGAUGAGAAUUGUGCAUAAAUUAAAAAAAGAAGAACCCCCUGAGAGCAUUCUGGAGCUGCCUGAAGACAGGUUCCAGUUAAUCGCUGACUUCUUGCAAAGAGAAUGCAGAUAUCUUGCAAGCCAGGGAACUCUGGUCAACUGGGAAAACCUUUUACAAGGAAUAAACCUUGAGGUGGAAUUGUCAAAGGUUGUUUUGUUGCUGCUGUUCCAGGCUUCUAUGAAAGGCUCUCAAAGUCUCAAUGUUCUGGAGUAUAGAAUUGAGCUUGAACUUGCAUCCAUGCUUCGCUUUGUAAUGGAUAGUGAGAGUGAAAUCAGCAUAAGCAAUUGCCUGGAAAAAUACCUGAAAAAGGAAUCGGUGGUGUCCAAGCUUGUGAGGAGUGACAGUUCCACUGCCUCCUUCACAGACGACGAGUCACCUGUCUUCCAGCGCUCCCAGAGUGUGCAAUUCCUGGAGCUCAACACUGUCGCCACCUCUUCUGUGAGCUCUCCUCUGCAAGAUAUCAUGAGAACUCCUCAGUUCCAGCGGAGGAUGCGGAUAAAGGAGCUGGCCCAAGAGAGGGAGAUGAGGGACGAGUUGGAAAGAGAGCUGGCCAACUACAAAGCCACUAUCCAACAGAGAGAGACUCAGAUCCACCAGCUUCAGCAUCGUUUGGAGAGACUGCAGAGGGAGCAAGCAGAGCUGGAGGAGGGUCCUAGAGCAGAGCUGGAAGAACUGCAAACCAAGAACCAGCGGCUGCAGUCUCGUCUCCACGAGGUUCUAAAACAGAACCAAGAUCUGAAGACCACCUCCUCUCACAUGGAACGCAAGGUGGACGAGCUCACAGAGGAGAACGGGACUCUCUCUGUCCAGGUGGGAGAGGUGUGUUCUCGGCUGAUCAGAGCAGAGACUGAGGUUGGGAGGGUGACAGAGACACAGGCGUCAGCUCAGGAGAAAUGGAGGAGCAGAAACGGACAGCUUACGGCGGAACUCAGGCAUGCGACUGCAGAGAAGGAGUGUUUGAAUGAAAAACUUGAGAUCCUUCAAAGUAAGAUCCAGUCUCUGGAAGAUGAGCUCAGUCAAGCCUUGGCCCAGGAGAAAGGGGAGAGCAUGGGACCCAUAAUGGAGUGGGAGCAGCUAAGACAGGAGCUGGUUGCUGCCACUCUCAGACACACUGAGCUGGAGGUCACCAUCUCCAGUCUGGAGGGGCAGAUCCAACAGACCAAGGCCCAGCAUGCAGAAGAGAAGACCCAGCUUCAGUCAGAGAGCCAGCUUCUCCAGGAGGUUGUGUCUGACCUCCAGGGGACCCUGAGUGCUCUCAAGGCUGAAAAAGAAGCUCUUCAACUGGCCUUGAAGGAACAGAGCGACUCUCUGAACGCCCAGCUCCAGAGCCUGAGCCAAGAGUUGGACCGCCUUACCACUGCCAUUCAGCAGAAGGAGAAGGAGGUGCAGGCACUAAGAGAAGAGGUUCAGGAGGAGAGGAGGAAGGGAGGGGAGCUGAGCCUAGCCUUAGAGAAACAGGGGAGAGGGGCCAGGGAAGAGAUUCAGGGUUUGAAGGUCCAGGUGGAGACCAUGGAAACAUCUCUCAAGGGGGCCGAGGAUGAGAUCCAGGCCAGGGAAGGGCAACUGGUGAGGUAUCAGAAUGAGAGCUCGGCACAGAAAGAGCUGCUGCGAGAGGAGAUCCAGAGUCUGAGGGUUCACAUGCACAGCAUGGAGGAGUCCCUGAGGAAAGCCGAGCAGGACAUGAGGGCUAAGGAGGAGCAGCUCACAAGCAACCAACAAGAGAACACCAAACAAGCGGACAUGUUGCAGGAAUGUGUGGCCUCUACCAAGGAGGAGGUUGAAAGACUAAAGGAAGCACAGAGUGAGAAAGAGGUUCUCCUCCUCCAGGCCACAGAGAAGAUGGAGGCCCUCCAGGCAGAGAUCUCUAGUGUCUCGUCCCUCUCUGCAGAUAAAGACAUGCAGCUCAGCAGCCUGAGAGAGGAAGUAGCAAACCAGAGCAAAUCACUGAGGAGCACUGUGCAGGAGGUGCAGGCCAAGGAGGAGCUGCUUGCCAAGUUGCAGGAGGAGAACAUCCAACAGAAGGAGGUGCUGCAACAGGAGAUCCAGUGCCUGAAGGUCCAGGUGGAGAACAUGGGUGACUCCCUUAGGAGGGCUGAGGAGGAGAUCCAGACCAAGGAGGAGCAGCUGGCUAGGAGCCAGGAGGAGUUUGUCCACCAGAAAGAGGAGUUUCAGGAUCAUGUGGCUUCCAAUGAAAAGGAGGUGAAGAGCAUAAAGGAGGAGGUGCAGGCUAAGGAAGAACAGAUGGAAGCAUUGAAACUGGAGAUCUGUUCCCAGAAAGGCAUGCUGCAGGAGGAGAUCCAGUGCCUGAAGGUCCAGAUGGAGAACAUGGUAACUUCUCUCAGUAAAGCUGAAGAGGACAUCCAAGCCAAAAAGGAGCAGCUGGCUAAGAAAGAGCAGGAGCAUAUCCAACAAAAGGAGGUGCUACAGAGCCAUGUGGCUGCCACAGAGGAUGAGGUGAGAGAACUGAAGCUGGCUCAGAGUGAGAAGGAGGUUCUCCUCCUCCAGGCCACAGAGAAGAUGGAGGCCCUCCAGGCAGAGAUCUCUACCGUCUCGUCCCUCUCUGCAGAUAAAGACCUGCAGCUCAGCAGUCUGCGAGAGGAAGUAGCAAACCAGAGCAACUCACUGAGGAGCACUGUGCAGGAGGUGCAGGCCAAGGAGGAGCUGCUUGCCAAGUUGCAGGAGGAGAACAUCCAACAGAAAGAGGUGCUGCAACAGGAGAUCCAGUGCCUGAAGGUCCAGGUGGAGAGCAUGGGUGACUCCCUUAGGAGGGCUGAGAAGGAGAUCCAAACCAAGGAGGAGCAGCUGGCUAGGAGCCAGGAGGAGAGUGCCCAUCAGGUGGAGGCUCUCCAGGGGGUGAUCCAGGGUCUGAAAUGCCAGGUGGACAGUGUAGAGGCUUCACUGACAAAGGCCAGUGAUGAGCUGCAGCAAAGAGAAGAACUGCUGGCUAGCUUGCAGAAUGACAGUGCCCGGCAGGAAGAACUGCUUCAGGCAGAGAUUCAGAGCCUGACUGUACAGGUGGGCAGCAUGAGUGCCUCUCUUCAGAAAGCCUUGGAGGACACCAAGGCCAAAGAGGAGCAGCUCGCUAUGCAACAGCAAGAGAGCACCCAGCUAAAGGAGGCAUUGCAGGAGAAGCUGUCCACGUCUGCUGAGGAAGUGCAUAGGCUGAAACAGGAAGUCAAGACCAAGGAGGAGCUUCUAGAAAUACUGAAUAAAGACAACUCGGCUCAGAUUGUGCUGCAAGAGGAGAUCCUGUCUGUCAAAGAACAAAUUGGGAACCUGAAUGCCACUUUGAGAAAGGCUGAGGUGGAGAUAAGCACCAAAGAGGAACAGCUGGCCAAGACCAAACAGGAUAGUGCCCAACAGUUGGAGAUGCUGCAAAACCUCUUGUCUACUACUGAGGGAGAGGUGGGAAGGUGGAAGCUGGCUAAGAGUGAGAAAGAGGUUCUCCUCCUCCAGGCCACAGAGAAGAUGGAGGCCCUCCAGGCAGAGAUCUCUACCGUCUCGUCCCUCUCUGCAGAUAAAGACCUGCAGCUCAGCACCCUGCAAGAGGAAGUAGCAAACCAGAGCAACUCACUGAGGAGCACUGUGCAGGAGGUGCAGGCCAAGGAGGAGCUGCUUGCCAAGUUGCAGGAGGAGAACAUCCAACAGAAGGAGGUGCUGCAACAGGAGAUCCAGUGCCUGAAAGUCCAGGUGGAGAGCAUGGGUGACUCCCUUAGGAGGGCUGAGGAGGAGAUCCAGACCAAGGAGGAGCAGCUGGCUAGGAGCCAGGAGGAGUUUGUCCACCAGAAAGAGGAGUUUCAGGAUCAUGUGGCUUCCAAUGAAAAGGAGGUGCAGAGCAUGCAGGAGGAGGUGCAGGCUAAGGAAGAACAGUUGGAAGCAUUGAAACUGGAGAUCUGUUCCCAGAAAGGCAUGCUGCAGGAGGAGAUCCAGUGCCUGAAGGUCCAGAUGGAGAACAUGGUAACUUCUCUCAGUAAAGCUGAAGAGGACAUCCAAGCCAAAAAGGAGCAGCUGGCUAAGAAAGAGCAGGAGCAUAUCCAACAAAAGGAGGUGCUACAGAGCCAUGUGGCUGCCACAGAGGAUGAGGUGAGAGAACUGAAGCUGGCUCAGAGUGAGAAGGAGGUUCUCCUCCUCCAGGCCACAGAGAAGAUGGAGGCCCUCCAGGCAGAGAUCUCUACCGUCUCGUCCCUCUCUGCAGAUAAAGACCUGCAGCUCAGCAGUCUGCGAGAGGAAGUAGCAAACCAGAGCAACUCACUGAGGAGCACUGUGCAGGAGGUGCAGGCCAAGGAGGAGCUGCUUGCCAAGUUGCAGGAGGAGAACAUCCAACAGAAGGAGGUGCUGCAACAGGAGAUCCAGUGCCUGAAGGUCCAGGUGGAGAGCAUGGGUGACUCCCUUAGGAGGGCUGAGGAGGAGAUCCAGACCAAGGAGGAGCAGCUGGCUAGGAGCCAGGAGGAGUUUGUCCACCAGAAAGAGGAGUUUCAGGAUCAUCUGGCUUCCAAUGAAAAGGAGGUGCAGAGCAUGAAGGAGGAGGUACAGGCUAAAGAAGAACAGUUGGAAGCAUUGAAACUGGAGAUCUGUUCCCAGAAAGGCAUGCUGCAGGAGGAGAUCCAGUGCCUGAAGGUCCAGGUGGAGAGUACGGGUGACUCCCUUAGGAGGGCUGAGGAGGAGAUCCAGACCAAGGAGGAGCUCAUAGCCAAGCAGCAGCAGGAAAGGUCCCAGCAACAGAAGGUGUUGGAGGACCACGUGUCGGCCUCUGAGGAGGAGAUAAAGAAUCUGAGGCUUGAUGUCCGGGCCAAGGAGGAGCUAUUGGAUAGCUGGCAGAAGGAGGAAGCUCAACAGCAGGUCAAGAUCCAGGGCCUGAAGGUUGACAUGGAGAGCAAGGACAACUCCAUCAGGAAGGCCAAUCAGGAGAUCCAAGCUAAGGAAGAGGAACUUUCCAAGCAAAACCAAUUUGACACCCAACAGAGGGAGUUCCUGCAGGGGAAGUUAUCUGCUUCUGAGGAGGAGGUGAGGAGGCUGAAAGAGGACAUUCAAACCAAAGAGGAGCUACUGGCCAGGCAGCAGCAGGAGGUGCUGCAGCAGGAGCUGGCAGCCAAGGAGGUGAACCUCAAGGAAAAAGAUUUUGUCCUUCAUGAGAAGGAAGCUCUGGAAGCCAGGGUCCUCCAGGCUGAAGGGGUUCAGAAGGAGCUGGAGAGGCAGCUUGAGGUGUUGCACCUAGAGAAGGAGAGCUUUGCUGCAGCCAAACAGGCUAUGGAGAGGGAGGGUCGCGCUUCCCAUACGCUGGAGGAGGUACUGCAGAGGGAGAUGGCUUCUCUGCGCUCGGUUGAACACUACAAGGCACAGAUGGAGAAGGCCAAGGCCCACUACGAUGGGAAGAAGCUUCAGCUGCAGGAGAGCCAGGGCCAGGUGCAGGAACUCCAGCGCUGCCUGGAGGUCAAAGAGCUUGAGUUCAAGGCCGUGUCUCAGGAAAUGAUGCUGCUGAAUAUGGACCUGGAUAAGUUUCGGAGCAAUGAAAGGCUGCUUAGUAAUCAAGUCGCCAGUCUGGAGGCACAGCUGGCAUUUGCUGACCGUAACUUGCGUGAGCAGGGCAGGUAUCGGGGGGGUUUGGAGAGUAACGAGGCGGAGCCCCAGAAGAUCCACACCCACACGCAACAAGACAAAAGCAACGACAGUCUCGAUUACAGCUUGGAUGACUCGCUUAACACCACGCGGAAACCAUCGUUUCCGGAGGAGUCCAGCACACCUAUGGUCCGUAGCUCAGAGCGCCUGGCCUCGAAGCGCCGAGCUCUACAAGGGGAAUCCCUGGAGACCCUUUACUUCACCCCCAUGAACUCCCGCCAGCAAAACAGGACCAGAACAGACAGUAGGCUUGAGGGCAGCAUCACCUCUCUAGCGGAGCUGGCUCUGGAUUCAGCCCGUAAACCGCCCACCUCCUCAGCCAGACGCCGAAGAACCACCCAGGUUAUUAACAUCACCAUGAGCAAGAAAACUCCAGGCCGUGAGGAAGCAGUGACAGACGAAGACAACGGGAUGUUCUUCACCCUGCCGGCUGCUCGCUCCCAUCCCAACCUGACACGCUCGCAGGCUUCUCGCCCUGUCUCCGUGGAGAUCUUCAGCACGCCAGGAAAAGCAGGCUUUGGCUCCAGCGACCAGCUCCUGAGCCUUCCGGGAUACAGGCGAAGCACUGCCCACAGCAUGCCCCCUCCACGGAGCACCAGCACGUUCUGUGUCGGGGCAGAUAAUGAGCCUGAGCAGGCGGGUGAUGACUGGAUGCGGAUUGCGGAGCUGCAGGCCAGAAACAAGGCGUGUCUGCCCCAUCUCAAGAGCAGCUACCCCCUGGAGGUCAAGCCCGUCGCCACUCCAGCCUUCACCCUCACGGAUGACGACCUGCGCAUGGGUGACCCCACAGAGACCAUCCGCAGGGCCUCCAUGAUGCCCGGCCAGAUCCUGGACUCUGUCUCCUCACACCGCCUCUCCAUGAUGCCCGGCCAGAUCGGGGCGGGUGUCAGCUCUCACCGCCUCUCUCUGGCGCCCAAAGCCAGUGGAUCCCACAUCAGCCAAACCCACGGCCGAGCCAAUGGCAAACGGUCGGCUGACCAGCUACAGACCCUCUCGCCGCAGUCUAAGCGCCAGGCCAGCUGUUUCCCUCGUCCCUUGACCCCCAAAGAUAAAAACCGGGUGGUGUCCUCCAGCACCCUUAAAAGCCAGCCGCUCAGUCCGGCUAACAGGAGAGAGUCAACAAUGUUCACCAUCGAGAACACUCCACAGAAGGCCUCCAGGAACCUCCUGCAGCGGGGCAUGAACAAGCUGCGGAGCUCGACCAGGAAGUCUCCUGGGAACUCCUCCAGGAAGUCUCCUGGGAACUCCUCCAGGAAGUCUCCUGGGCAAGUUGCUCGUAGGGGGUCCCCCAGGAAGCAGGUGGGGGCGCCCCGGGUCGGAACAACCAGACCCGCCGUCAAGUCUCCUCAGGUGGGAGCUGGGGAGAAGAGGAGAUCCCCUCGCACCAGCAGGAACACGGCCCCUAAUCUAACCUCUAGCGCUCGUAAGGACCUUGCUGUUUCCGGAGCAUCUGGUCAUUAAAGAUGAUGAACUUCAGGAUGAAGGUGUGAAGAACAAUCACUGAUAAUAUGUGCACAUGAUACUACUAUGUGCACAUGGUAUAUAAUUUACAUACAAUCCACAUUAUUUUCUUUUAAGAAUCCAAUCUUAUUUCUCAUUAUGUGCAAUUUGGAUACAGUGAUUUGCAUAUUGCAUACUUUUUUGCAUACUUUUUUUGUAAAAGGUUUGUCUAAAAGGCUUCCUGUCUCUUGGUAUGUUUAAUCAUAUUUCAAUCGCACUUAUAGACAUCUACAUCCCAUAUGUAGAAUUACUUUAUCUUAUGGUUUAAGGAGCACUAGGUUGGGUCUCAGUAAGACAUAGAUGCUGCCAAUGUCAUUUUUAUGUGUUUGUGUGUAGACGUUUUACUUAUUUUUCUCUUUCUUUCCUUUUUUAAAGCUUGUAUUAAUGACAUUUUAAUUUCUUGAUUAUGUAAUAUAUACAUGUUCUUACUGGGCUUUAAAUA